UCCAGCAUAUAGAGUUUAGCCACUUAUCCCACAUAAAUGCACGAAAGGUCAGUUUGUAGCUGCUUGAGUGAGAAACGAACUCACUUUGAAUCUAUUACUUACGUGAGUAACCAUCCGACUACAUUGUGUACCGUAUAGUACUUGGAAUUGAUCACUAUGGACGAUUUAACACAAAUACCUGUAAGAGACCAUAUGGACGACCCUAACAUUAUAUGGCGACACAGUAAACCGGAUUAUGAGUUGGUUAAUAAGAAGUACAUGGCAGAAAGAACACGCAACCACGCUCCUGGUUCGGUAGAGAGAAUAGUGGAAAACCUCGUAAAAACUUGGGAAAUGGAAAGUUCGCAUAAAAUGAGUUCCGAGGAUUGGAAAACUGUAAAUCUUGAAAAGUACGAAUUCAUCGUGAAUGGAGGAAAGCCAUUGAACGUAGCAGAUAACAUAGAGAUGGGUAACUAUAACAUGCUCCUGAGUGAGUGUCCAUUGUACAAUAAAGAAGGACAGAACAAUGAUACUUCACACGCAGUCUUUAAAGAGGCUUUUCCUGAAGGCUUUGCAUGGGAACUAUUGGAGGUUUUGUCAGGGCAACCGAAGGUAACGUUCACUUGGCGACAUUGGGCGAAUUGGAGUGGACCAUACAGAGGUAAUGAACCAACGAAUGAACCCAUCGAAAUGACCGGGUGUUGCAUAGCGACAGUUGAUGACGCGCUCAAAAUUGAAAAGCUGGAAAUAUUUUACGAUCCAAAUCCAAUGAUGGCAACGUUGACGAAAUUUAAGACUAGCAACUGUCCAGUUGCUAAGUGAAUUGGUUACUUGCAAGGGCUUAUUAUUUUCUAAGGUGUCGGCUUCUUAAAGAUAAUAUUUUUAUUGACAUUCUAUAAAAUAAUGUCGAGAUUUAAAAUUUAAUUAAAUGUGUCUUUUUGAACUAUUUUAGGAAAUGUUAAUGACUUUAUGUUAAUAAUGAUUUCGAAUAUUUAAUAUUUAAUUAAAUUUCUUUUUGAACUAUUUUAGAAAAUGUUAAUAACUCUUAUAUUAUGUUAAUAAUGAUAAUGAUGAUAAUGAUGAUGAUGAUGCAGAAAUUUCGCCUUUUUGUUAAGGGAUACAAGGGGCAAUCAAAAUGUUCAUACCUGUUAUGAUAAUGACGAUGAUGGUGAUAAUGGUGAUAUGAUGAUGAUGAUGAUGAUAAUGAUGAUAAGGAUAAGGAUAAGGAAAAAGAUGAUGAUGAUGAUAUCAAUAAUAAUACAGAACUUUGUAUCGCAAUUUUUCCUAAGGGCUACAAGGGGCAAUCAAAAUAUAAAAUUAAAAAAAAAAAUUGCGAUCAGAAGUUAGACCAGACGAAACAAAAACAUUUAACCCCAUGCACUUUCUCUCAUACAACUGACUGAAACGCUCACACAUAGUGGAGUUAUACAUAAGGUAGAAAAGAUUAUAGGUCACAGCUUGGAAAUCAUAGUAAAUAAUAUUCAAAUUAGGUUUGUUGCGUAGCACAGCACUGUGAACACAAUAUAAACAAAUGGAUAAAUAAUAAUAAUAACAGUGCUUAUAUAGGAAUAGAAUGUUAUACAGUAAUCGUAUUAAGCAGCCCUUCAAAAAAAAAAAUCAAUACAAUUUUGAUAAGCAACAACAAAAAGAAAACUAAUUGAACAGCCAGAAAUGGAACCAUA